AUGGAGUUGUCUCAAAGAGACAGGCUUUCAGAACUUGUGGAGGAGCUUACCACCUCUGGACAGCUGCAACUCUGCAAGGAAAAAACAAAGGAAAUCAAGAAGAUAUGCAAGGAGUCUAUCGACUGCAUAAAUCAUGCAUACCACUCAAUAAUGUCCCAGCUCAACCAGGACCAUGCUGAAAUCCGUCUGGCAGCCUUCCAUUUGGCAAGUGAGCUUUUCCCUAAAUCACAUCACUUCAGAACACUCCUGGUGGACAACUUCCAGGAGUUCUUGGAGUUAACAGUUGAGACUAACUUCGAGCGGCCUCUACCCCCGCCUCAACCCGUCGCCAGAAAACUUCGGUCGCUCGCUGUCCAGACUAUCCAGUCCUGGCAAUCCUCUUAUGGGUCGGCUUAUAAGAAGUUGGAGCUGGGAUUUCACUUCCUCAAACAGUUCAAAAAGGUGGACUUUCAGGAUGCUGAGGCCAGGACAAUAGCAGAGCGGGCAAGAGAGGCAGAGCGACAAAGGAAAAUGGAGAGGAUAUACAAAGAAAGACUGGAAGCAGCAAUUAGAGACCUGGAAGACUCCAGCACAGAUAUCGAAGUGGCCUUGAAAGAAUUAGACUCCUGUUUGAUGCUGCUUCUCCCUCAGUUUUCCCUUCUCGACAGCCACACAGUUAACCUACCCACACAAACUAGCGCUGGAUGUUUGUUAGAAGAUGAGCACCCUUGCUGUAGCAAAAACUUGAUGAAUGACACAACAGAUCAGAUAAAAGAGAGCAAGGAGAUGAGGAGAAAAGGAGAAAGUGACAGUAACAAUGGAGAAGAAUUGGAGAGAAAAAAGAAGAAAAACAAGUGCAAGAGAAGUGAAAUUAAAGAGCUAAACAGUAGGGAUAAACCUGAGAUGGUAAUGGGACAAAGGUAUAAAAUGAAACGCAAUGAGAACGAGGGUAGAUGUAAGGCAGAAGAGGAGGAUCCUCUCCAUGGAGACUCAUUUAUCCGACACUCUGGCCUUAUCUCCCGUUCAUAUUGUCUGGACUUGGACCUUAGUGAUGGUUUUCAUGUCGAGGAGACGGAGGAUAAUGAAGCUGUAGUUUCUACAUUGUUAGAUCUUCAAAGACUACUCAUGACAAAGCACCUACCGGCUGUGCGUCGUUGGGUUCAGAUCUUCACUAGGUCAGGAGCUGAACAACAUUUGUUGACAAGAUCACUGGAUAUAAAAAACUCUCUCGAAGCAUCCCUGCUAAAAUUGAGCGAGUUGAACAUUAAAUCCAAGAGGGGCAUUAAGAAAAUGGCUUCACCAUUUGAAGAAGGUGAUGAUGAUGACACCGAUGAAGAUUUCAUUGAAGUAUCAGAAAAAGAAGGAUAUGAGUCACAUGUCCCUACAAAUCUACAAGUGAAAGAUGGUUUGAGUCCCUCUUCAUCCACUCUGACGGCAUCACAGCGUACCACUACAAACAUAGCAGAAACAUCUUCCCCUGGUUCCCAAGCUUCCACCUCCUACUACAAGAGACUGAAAAGACUGAAAGAAGAUGAGAGGGAUCCAACUUGUGCCGCUGCAACACUCCACCUCCUCCGAAAUAAACUUUCUUUAACUGCAGCACCCAGCUCCUCAGAAGCAUGUUCAACUCAAUCUAACAAUGACCCAUCAACCUCAAAGGCUCCGGUGGUUCCAUUUGGUUUGGAUCUGUAUUACUGGGGCCAGGAGCAGCCUAACUGUGGCAUGAUCACCAAAAUGACUUCUCAGCAUCAGUUCUGGGUACCAGCUGAGGUGGAAGAGGAAGUGCAAAACACAGAGCUGAUGGCUGAGAGCAAAUGCAGAUACAUCUCCUUCCCUGGACAAUUCACUCCUGUUCGCCAUUAUUGCAAUGCACCAUUAGAAAAUGGAAAGCUGUGUAAGAGACAGGACCGAAUAAAGUGCCCUUUCCAUGGGCGGAUUGUCCCGCGAGAUCAGGCGGGUAGGCCAUGCAGCCAGGAGGACCGUCAGAGAGAAGAACAGGAUAGAAGGAACAAAGAAGGAACAAAGAAACAUGACUGGCAUGAUGCAGAGCUGGUUCGAGACAUUGAAAUUCAAACAGGAGAAAACCUGGGCUCUGACAGAAUGGACAAACGGGGUAAAAGAAAGAAGAAAAAGAAAUACCCCAACCUCACCAAUUUGAAUGAAAGCAACAACACAGCAAGAUCUCGGCUUGAGAAGCGGAUAUUCAACAAGAGUGCCAUGCGAAGAGUUGCCCAGGCGAUGACUAAAGCUGACAACAGAAAACAUGAAAAGUUUUCAAACCAGUUUAACUAUGCGCUCAACUGA